UUCAGGGAAACGCAUAACACCUGCUGAGUGCUGACAUGAUUUUUCCCCGAUAAUUCUAGCUCUGACGCUCCCAUCAUCAUUCUUCCAACACCUUGAUCGACCAACAAUGGCGACCACCUCCAACACCGAUGAAAUCAAGGCUAUAACAGAGCAAAGACUGGAAUUAUCUAACGCGCAAACCCUAGAAUCCGACUUAGAUUUCGCAUUCCAACUCCAAUUAGAGGAAGCCUUCACCGCUUCUCUCUCUCUCCUACCUUCUUCAUCUUCUCCUUCUUCUUCUCACCAACCAACCUCCUCAUGUAACAAUGGCGACGAAUUUAAUUUCGUUGAUUUGCAGAGUAAAGAGCUCGAAAAGCUCGAGCAAGAGCAGAAAGACCGAGAAUUCAGUGAAAUUGAGGCCAAGAAAUUAAGAGACGAUCUCAAUCGUCGAAUUCACGACCAGAAACUUGCUGUUGAUAUUGUUCAAUUGCCGGAAGACGAUUGGGAUGAUUUUGGUGAUGAUUUCGAGAGGCCGUUUGGCGAAGGAUCUUCUUCAUCGUCUUCUUCAGUUACCACUGCAAAUUUCAGGUUGUAUUUUAAGGGUUUAGUGAGUGUAGAAAGAGUAGGAGGUUCAGAAGCUAUACUCAUUGGCAUUGGUGUUGCGAUUUGUGAUUCAAGAGACAAUUUAAUAUUUCAGUUAAGCAAGCCUUUGGUGGGGAAUGGGAUGAGCCGUCCAAUGAAUGAGAUUAAGGCUUUGAUUGAAGGUCUUGAAACAGCUCUCGCACUGGAUUUGAAGAACAUUAUGAUCUUUUGUGACUAUCUUCCUAUCUAUCGAUAUGCUAUGCAUGCAUGGCAACCAAAGCAGAGGAAGAUUGCUGCAUUAAUGGCGAAAGUGGAACUUCUUCGAAAAAGAUUUACUAACUUCCGUCUACGUCUUGUCUCUCGAAAUGUUAUAAAGUUUGCAUUUAAGCUUGCUAGAGACGCUAUCACCUCUCAGAUGUCGAAACCUGUAGAGUCUGACCAUCUCAAGAAUUUGAAAGAGACUUGUGUGAUCUGCCUGGAAGAGACAGACCAGGAUAAAAUGUUCACUAUUGAUGAUUGUCUGCAUAAAUACUGCUUCUCUUGUAUGAAGCAGCAUGUAGAAGCAAAGUUACAUAAUGGGAUGGUACCAAAGUGCCCUCAUGAAAGUUGUAUAUAUGAGCUAAAUAUAACUAGCUGUGAAAAGUUCUUGACACCUAAGUUAAUUGAAAUUAUGAAGCAACGUAUUCGAGAAGCAUCGAUACCUGUUGCUGAAAAGGUUUAUUGCCCAUACCCUAGAUGCUCAGCAUUGAUGUCAAAAGAUGAAGUGUCUGAUUUCGCAAAGAAAAAAAAUAUCCGUGCAAGAAUGCUUGGAGCCAGGGAAUGUUUGAAAUGUCAUGGACUCUUUUGCAUCAAUUGUAGAGUGCCGUGGCAUAAAACUUUGACCUGUGGAGAGUACAAGAGGUCAAAUCCAUAUCAGAUUGAAGAUGCGAAGCUCAAGUCACUUGCAACUAGAAAUUUGUGGCGCCAAUGUGUGAAAUGCAAUCAUAUGAUCGAACUUGCUCAAGGUUGCUACCACAUGACAUGCAGAUGCGGGUAUGAGUUCUGCUAUACUUGUGGAGCCGAGUGGAAGAACAAGAAGGCUACAUGUUCAUGUCCACUCUGGAAUGAAAGAAAUAUUUUGUUUGAUGACUCAGAUUUUGAUGAUGAUGAGGAUGAAGACGACUUUGAUGAAGAUGAUUAUUACUCUGACUCGGACUCAGAAUGGGAAUAACUAUUUAGUCUAUUAUGGAAAGGAUGAUCUUAAUGAUAUUGAGACUUCACACUCAGUAGUUACUUUUCUUCGUGCCAUUUGGUUGUAAAAUACUGUGUUUUUAAUCUGCAAAGAAGAAAUUGUUUUUCCAUAUGCCUGAAUAUUUUCUUAUUGAUUGUUGCAUCCCCUCCCCAAAUGCUGCUGAUAGAGCAAGGUUGAGUUGUAUUUAUCAGAAUGUCAUAGUCCUGUCAUGCCCCACGUCAACCAAAUUCGAGCUGUAAGUCGAUCUCGAAACUAUUGGAACUUUGCUAGCAACGUUACGUUGUGACACUUUUUUCA